AUGGAUAAUGGUACCAUAGGUGCUGAAGAUGGUCAUUUGAUGAAUAUUGACGACAGGCUUAUGAGGCCGAGUGGUGAGGGGGAGAUACGGCCAGUGAUAGAGAUCGCAACGUACGCCGGAGUAGACGUGUAUGAAUGUUAUUGUAGAGGCCAAGAGUCACGCAUUGUGAUGCGGAGGUGCAUGGACAACUGGGUUAACAUCACACAGGUUUUCAAAAUCGCGUCUUUCUCGAAAACCCAGAGAACCAAAAUCCUCGAGAAAGAAUCCAACAUGGUCAAGCACGAAAAAAUCCAGGGUGGAUACGGCCGAUUCCAGGGCACAUGGAUUCCGCUUGAAAAUGCCCACUACCUGGUCCAGAAGUAUAGUGUGAGCGACUUGGUAGUGUCAACAAUACUUCAUUUCCAACUAGACCCGAGAAACCCGCCCAUGAGGAGGUCCAAAAACUCCGUCAUCAAAAGGCAAUCGCCAGGCACCAAGAUCCAAUCCCCAUCGAGCUACAACAAAACGCCAAAGAAGGGCGGGCCUGGAAUAACAAAGAAGCAGAAGAAAAAACUGAUGAACUCGUUCGGCUCCACUAUCCAGACUACUGCUGUCAAGAAAGCGCAGCCACAACCGAGUCCAUUACAGAACCUCGCGUUCCAGACACCGCAGCAUCAGCAGCACCAUCCCCUGCACAAUAACUCCACGGUUAUUGCCCCGGAUCAACAAACGCCCGUUCAGCCUCCGAGCUAUGAAACAACUCAGAAACCGUUACAGUUCUUUCCUUAUCCUCAGCAGCAGCCUGCAUUUCUAACUUUUGAUUCAAACAACCCACAUCAACAACAUAGUGCCAAGAGGUCUAAAAAACUACACAAAAAUACUUCGAGUCAAUUUCAAGCCCAGCACAGCUUUAGAGUUAUUAAGCAACAGUUCAUGGGCCAGAACAACAACCUUCAAGCUCCCCAAACCCAAACAAUGGUUGCUGUUCAUCCUCAUUCUUCGCAUAAAGCUUCUCAUUCUAAUGGCUCUAAUGGCUCAAAUGGGUCCUCAAUAGAAUGUUUCUCGGCUCGGGAUGAUCCCUCGCCUAUUUCAUCUCGCUCUAUUUCCCCCAAGUCAAGACAAAGGCAACAGCAAGUUCAGAGAGUUGAAAAUGACCAAAAUGAAACACAUAUCACCGAGGAUGACUACAAGGAGCUUCUCCUCCAAGUGCUAUCGUCAGACUGCUCUGCUAAUGGAGCUGAUUCUAUUGUGUUGCCUGACGAACUUUUCCAUCCGCCGCCAGAACUGGACAUUAAUUUUACAAUAGAUGACCAGGGACAUACAACAUUGCACUGGGCAGCAGCAAUGGCCAAUAUUCCUUUGCUUAAAGUUAUAUUAACACUUCCAGUCAAUAUUUUACUUUGCAAUCAUCGAGGCUUCAACACAAUAACAAAAGCCUGCUUUUAUAACAAUUGUUAUAAAGCUGGUGUUUUCCCGAAAGUUUUAGAGUUGCUCAAGCCCUGCAUCAUUACGCCUGAUAUGAAUGGCAGACUGCCGCUUCAUUACUUGGUAGAACUGAGUGUCAACAAAUCCAAAGAUCCGGUGGUGAUAAAUUAUUACCUGGAUAGUUUAUUAGAUGCCUUGGCGCAAGAAGACAUAUCACUAUUGAGAAUGUGUCUUAACUACCAAGACAACUCUGGAAAUACGGUGCUUCACCUCGCUGCUCUCAACUUGAAUUUAGAGCUUUGUAACAAGCUCUGCUAUCUGGGUAGCUCCAUGGACAUUUUGAACUUGGAGCAUGAAACAGCUACGUCAAUCCUGGCAAAGUUUAAUCUAGUGCCACCCACGUCCCAGCAAAUUAGUGGCCCUACAAGUGACACACCAGUUGAUGGAGUACCGCAACAGCCCAAGCAAUUGAAACUUAGUACUCCAGUCAUGACGAGGAAAAAGAACGGCAGCUUUGUACAGAGUGAUGAACACACCAUAGAUCUGACACAGGAGUUGUCUACUAUAUCAAGUGACCCCACAUCCUUUGUCAAUUCUUCUAGAAUAAAAAGCCCGAAGGAUGUCAACCCUUUGCCUGCUGCUGACCCUCUAUCUGUCUCCUCUACCGUAGCAAAAAAUUCAAAAACUACACCUGCUGUUCCAAUCAUCAAACUCGAUAGGGCUCGCUCUUCGCAACUCCUCACCAAGCAGUUAUCCCAUUUGACUACAUCUUUGACAAGCUCGGUUGACGAAGAAAUUAGUGGCUUGGAGCUUGAAAAAGAAAAAACCCAAGAGUGUAUUGGGAGCAUAGACGGCUCUCUCAAGCAUAAUGAAGUCCAAAUGCAAGAGCUUCUACAGGGGCUCUCAAGCAAGGAAGAGCUUCAAAAUAAUGUAUCAAACUUAACAAAACAGGUCAACGCUCAGAUGUUGCGUCUCGCCAGUAGUAUUGAGAAAUCACAAGCAUUAGCGCUCGCAACCCUCGUCCAUGAGGAAGAAGACGCUGUUACAUCUAGUUCUGACGCCCUUCAGAAAGACCCCAUGACAUCGCCCGUUCGUGUGAUUGGCAGCGACUUACUGCGGCUCGGACUGCAAUUGGCACUUCUGCAGUUCGGGCGAAAGUGUGUAAUUGAGAAGCUCGCUAGAAGCAAGUCUGAGAUUAACUCUACUCCCAAGGUCAAGAAAUAUCGGAAACUCAUUGGGUUAACUAUCGAUGAGAUAGAUACAAAGCUUGACGACAUUGAAAAGGAUCUUCGUGCUAGUGUUUAA